UUUGACUACAGUAACACCGAGCUAGCUAGCUCUUUAAAUCAACCAAAGGCCUUUAUGAAAAGCACUUGCACUUGUUAAAACGUACCGCUAAAGUUAUGAAAUGAUACAUUAUUGGUGGACGUCGUUUUCUGUCCAUAGCAGCCACAUAAGCUUGUCUACUCACUGCCGCAUGCUCACCGCCCGCCAGUGUACCAUAACAACACAAAGCAAUUCAAAAGGAAUCCAUUUAAAGUGACUUACUCUUUGACAAAUACGCAAAGAUUGAAACAGUUUGUGAUUCAGUAGACGCUUCUGGAAAAUUCGGCAUACAUAUAAUCCAUCAGCAGAGCAUUAUUUAAAAAAUAUUAACCUUUACCAUUGGUAUGUUUGUUAUUGACGUUAGCUAACGGUAACUGUUUUGCAGUGGGAGUUGGUGACAGGAAUUAAUUAGAUGUUGAAAUGUAAUUGAAACAAGUACUGUGGUGUGUAUCAAAUGCAACCGUAUUUUAAAGAAGCCGCUCACGUUUCAUUAAACAUUGAGAACUGUGUUUUACGAAGCUCACAUUAAUGAGCGUUUCCUUUUAGAGUUAAUGUUGCUAAAUCCUACAGGAGUUUGGUUUGGUGCCUGCGAACAUUAAGUCAGGCCUAAAUACUAGUGCAGUUAAGAGCAUGUGUGCUCCUAAUCCUGGAUUACCCAGCGUAUAAACCUCACUGCUCUAAUAGACAAGGCGUUUUAAGAAGUGAAACAACGCUAGUGAAAGCGUAGUAUAACGAUCUAACAAUGGACAUGGCUAUAUUCAGAGCGUCAGUCAUCCUGGAUGUUAUUUUGAUUCAGAUUUAUUGCCUUCACUUCGUCUCCUCCUUUGGUUUUUUCACGUUUCUAAGAAUGGGGAAUUUAACAUCCUCCACUGCUGGAGGUCUGUCCAGCACAGCGUGUGUACAGUAUGUUCAGGAGGUGGUGACACAGAACUGCGUUGUUAUAUUUUCCAAGACCACCUGCCCUUACUGUAAAAUGGCCAAAAAUGUGUUCAAUGAAAUCGGUGCGACCUACAAAGUAGUUGAACUGGAUGAGCACAAUGAUGGGAGGAGACUGCAGGAGGCCUUAGCUCGGAUGACCGGUGCCAGAACGGUGCCGAGAGUCUUCAUCAAUGGCAACUGCAUCGGGGGCGGCUCCGAUACCAAACAACUCCAUCAGCAGGGGAAGCUGGUGCCCCUCAUCGAGCAGUGUGCUCCCUGCUGCGCUGCCAGCAGCUCCGACGGCUCAGGCAGCGGACAGUUUGAAUCUGCUAAAUGACUAGCCGUUCUUAUCGUGUUUUUCAACCCUGUAUUUAUUCAGUGCUUGCUUGAUCUCCUGCUGCAAGUUGUACAUUGUGUGAGCAUGUUAUUUAUAUAUCAAAGUUCACUGGAUACUUGAUGCUGAAACUACACACAUUUUCAUCCAGGGAUGUACAGUAUUAUUAUUGUUAUUAUUAUUAUUAUUAUUAUUAUUAAAGGCUCCAUCUUUUAAACAACAACUGUGAACAGUGGAACUGCUUCUCAUACUUUUCUUCUGCACAAUUGUUUUAUUGAUAUGUUUUACAGCUGAAAAAUAUGAUCUUUCACUGAACUGUGAACAUCAUUAUGUACUGGGUCGUUUCUGUUGAUGGUCCAUGUCUUGCAAGAGCAAAAAGAAAUGCAUUUUGUAUAUUUAGCACAUUUUAAUUGUGCUCUUAUUCUGACAUUUUAGUUAUUUGAAUAACUAUGUGAAUAAAUGUAUUAAUUUUGUAUAUUUUUACAAUUUUUUUUUCUAUCAAUAUAUAUGGGAUUUUGGCAUUUGGUAGUGUGUCAGAAUUUCUCUGAUAUUGGGUGUGUUGUUACUUUACUAAACAGGUGAAUUGAUGCGAAAUCGUGAUGCUGGUUUGUGUUGAAACUCAGAGCCACUCAAAUGUUGUUAAUGCAUUGAAUGUAUGUGUAUAGAUAUGAACAAAUAUGAAUUAAAGUCCGUUAUCACUUUA